UCGAGGGUUUGAAUAAAGCAAUUUCUUAUUCUUCAUUUAUUCUGGACCACCUUACCAUUUUCACCAUGACAAAGGUCUUCACGCCUCUCCGAAUCGGGAAUGUAACGCUCGCACACCGCGUUAUUAUGGCCCCAUUGACCCGUUUUCGUGCCGAUGGCAAACACGUCCAACUGCCAAUGGCAACAGAGUACUACUGCCAACGCGCCUCCACAUUCGGAACCCUAAUUAUCGCGGAAUCAUCGUUGAUUUCUCCGAGCCACGACGGUUUUCCCAACGCCCCCAGAAUCCAUUCUGCUAUUGCGGAUUACACCAAGACUGUUCAGAACGCUAUCCGUGCAGGUUUUGAUGAUGCCGAAAUCCAUGGCGGUAAUGGGUACCUCUUGGACCAGUUCCUCCAAGACACCUGCAACUGCAGAGACGACGAAUACGGUGGAAGCGUUGAGAAUCGCGCACGAUUUGCUAUCGAGGUCGCCACUUCAAUAGCCAAUGCUAUUGGACCAGAGAAACUUGGCUACCGCAUCAGCCCCUGGAGCAGCUUCCAAGGUAUGCGCAUGUCCCACCCAGAGCCACAACUCUCGUACCUUGUUGAAAAGCUCCGGGAUCUGAAGCUGGGAUAUCUCCAUGUAAUUGAGUCGCGGGUUACGAAUAACGUGGAUAUAGAGAAGACAGAGAGUAUCGAGUUUGUCUUGGAUAUAUGGGGCAAGUGUUCUCCGGUGCUGGUUGCUGGUGGAUAUACUCCAGAGAACGCCAAGAAUGCCGUUGAUAAAGACUACGUCAAGAAUGAAGUCGCGGUUGUGUUUGGGAGACAUUUAUUGGCUAAUCCUGACCUGCCAUUCCGUAUCCAACACGGAAUUCCACUGACAAAGUAUGACAGGACCAGCUUCUAUACCCCGAAGGUGACCACUGGGUACACGGACUAUCCGCUCAGUUCUGAGUUCUUGGCAAAGCACAAGGAUUAG